GAAAGGAGUGUCCUUCAACGUGUCCACUCCACUUGCCCGCGGUUUAUGAAAUUGCACUGUUAGAAGGGGACGCAAAAGAAGAGAAAGAAAUGAAAAAUAUUGCUUUUGAAUAAUCAAUAACAUAUUGAGGCUGAAGUAGGGUUGUGCUAACUUAACGGAAAAAUUACCUUAACAAACGACUUUAAUGCGAACAGCAAGAACGUCCUAAACCCACCAGCGUUGUUUCUGCUGGUAGCUUUAGCCGCGAGGCUAAGCUAUUGCUAGGUAGACAAACAUCCCAGGGGAAACGCUGUUACCCUGUCAACUAAACUCAACUGAAACCGUGGAGCCGAGAUGACGGUUACCGCCGGGGGAAGGAAAUAAGAAGGCCCCACGAGAGAGGAGAAUAAGGGAUAAAGGACAGACUUUUUGUGGUGUGGACGAUUAUCCCUCUAGUCCGGAAGACGAGUUUGACCUGAACAAGUCUUAUCCAUGCACCCAGAAACCCAUCUGCAGGAGCUUUUUCAAGUUACAGCGUCGUCAUUAUCCUAGUUCGUUGACAGGUAGAGGUUUGGAUGUGUUUGCUCUCAUGGCAACAAGAAACCAUCAACUCUCCAGCUUACUUCCUGGCUCCCUGCCACACCCAUCCACUGCAUCAGAAACAGAGGAGAGUCUGUUUAGUUUGCUUAUCUCGGGAGGUUUUGAUCUUCCGGAAUAUCCAUCAUCCCUCAAUCCAAACAAAGCCGUCCUUACCAUUUCUUCUCAAACUGGGGAGAUUCUCUCAGCAAAUGAACAGGCAGCCAAGCUGUUUGAGUCUCCAUCAGUGGACCUGAUCGGAAAGAAAAUAUCCUCUUUGUUAAAGAGAACAAACCAGGUUCUUGAGGAAGCAUUAGAAGAAAAUGACGUGCGUGUAGAUGGAACCAUUGGUACAGUUAGUGGAAAAGUGGUGGAUGCUGUGACAUCAUCUGGUGAGGUUCCUGUAUCACUGUGUACUUACAGAGAGCCUCAAAGUGAAGACCGCUUGCUUGUCAUGACAGAAGCUGUAGAAAGGGUUUCUGCUUAUUUUUCAUUUUCGCAGGAUGGAAGGAUCCUAACCUGUGACAGUGCAUUUGCUCACCUCCAUGGGUACCUCAACCCUGAGGGGUUGAAAGGAGCUGCCAUACAGAAUCUAAUCCCCUCCUUACAAAUUCCCCUCUACAGUCACACAUUGCCUAAAAUGCUGAGGGCUCAGCGAGUGUUUGGGAAGAGCAGGGAUGGCACAUCAGUGCCUCUCUGUGUAAAACUACAGAGCACCGUGUUGUGUGGAAAACCUCCAAACCAGAGUGAUGAGCACAACUCCACCAGAGACGGGCAUGAACUUUCAAAUGACGAAUGCAACCAGUGGGAGCCUCAUCAAGACAAGAGAAAUGUCCCAAAUCCUGAGAAACAGAGCAGAGAGAAGUCAUCAGGUGAAAAAGUGGACGACAUCAGAACCUCUCUUAGUCCAUUACUGGAGUACUGUGGAACAGUUUGGAUGUUUGUUCCAAGAAGCAGUCUUCUCCUCCUCCAUCCUGAUGGCUCAAUCUUCAGCAUCCACAACCAUCUGGCCCUCAGUCUGUUUGGUUACAGCAAUGAGGAGCUGCUUGGAAAGAGCGUCUCUUUCCUGAUGCCUGGUUUCUAUACAUGGAUGUCUGACUUGGACAAAAAGGACGGCCCGCUCUCUGAAUCUCGUAUAGAAUUGCCCAAAAGUCCAACUUCCUCGAGAAUAUCAGAUCCUUCCUCCCUGGUGGCUGGAGACUUGGCCAUGGUGCAGCAGGCCGUCCAAGGUCAGACGUCCUCAGGGAGAGGCAGGAUCUUCACUGGAAACUGCACCAAUCUGGAGAAGCACACCAGCGCUCUAUCAGCCCUCUCCUCUCCUGCAGUCACGUCCACACGUGUAGUUAUGGCUAAUGACACUAUAGAGCUGCUGAGGGAAGCAGCCCGAGUGGCUCCCUGCAGUAGUCUGCCUAACAGUGCAGAGACCACCCAGGCACUCCUCGGGACGUUUACCUGGGUAGAACCUCUGGAGGAUGGAUCCUGCUGCUCUGCUUCCACUGAGGUGUCCGUUCCACGCAGGGAAGGUCAGCAAAGGAGCCACACACCGGUCAUUGUUUCUGUAGGCACCCCUACUCAACAUGGCCAGGCAGCCAGCAGUGUGAGUGACACCUGUCCUGUAGCAGAGGAGGAAAAACCCUCGUGCUCUUCACAGCUUCAAGACUCGAGCUUUGAUGUCAUCUCACUAGAGAGCAGAUCAGCUUCAGGCCUCUGUGAGAAGUUUAAUCGCCACGGUGAAUUUAAGCCGGACCAUGCAGAAGAGUCCGUUCCAGAACACACUUUGGACUCGGCCAGUUCCUUCCUGGACAUCAAUGGAGAUGUAGUUUCCACAGCCUUCGCUGAUCUAAACCUGAGCAGUAGUAUAGAACUGCUUAGCAGCGGAGGAUGCACCGACGACAACCAACUGUCCGUAGCAUCUUUGGAUACAGCUGAGCUCCUGCAGACACCCUCCCUGUGUGUGAUUGAGUCUGACCAGGAAUCGGAGUCUGUCUGCGUUCCCCAUGUUGCUGCAGAAGCCAGGAACGACAUGAGCGAGGAGCUGCAGACAGCUGCCACUACAACUGAUAAAGGGAAGAGCCAAGAGUGUUGUGCGAAUGUUAGCCAGCAGUCGAUGACAGACGUCCCCGCCACAUCAACACCUAAGAAGCAGAAGAUGGACGGACAGGUGCUGUCCUCACACAGGACUAUAGUAGAUGCACAAGUUGAAGGAAGCGGAUAUCACCGAGAUGGAACAAGAGUAGAUGUCCAGCUGGAUGUGCAUAAGACUGUCCUUUCUGAUGGAAGCUUCAUGUUCUGUGUGUGGAUAAAAAAGGCCGGCCAGCAGGGAACAGCGAUGCAAGCAAACCAUUCACUGACCAACCAAUCAGGAGCUAGUUUUGGAGAGAGGAUUGGUGAAGGUUCAGCUCUGCGUUCCACCACUGAUCUGGAGAAUUCUCGAGCUUGUGAUGGGCAGUUUGAAGAAGAGUACCAGCCUGCCAAAGCUGUUGGUAAAGGAGCUUUUGGUUUUGUCUGGAAGGCAGUAAGACGCUGUGAUGGACAGGAGGUGAUAGUGAAGUUCAUCAGCAAGGCCAGGAUAGUGAGUGACUCCUGGGUAGAUGACCCCAUGUUAGGAAAGGUGAGCCAGGAGAUUGCCAUUCUGACGCGAGUGCAGCACCAUAACAUUGUCAAGGUAGUGGAGGUGUUUGAGAAUGGAAGUUACUUCCAGAUGGUGAUGGAGAAGCACGGAGAUGGUUUGGACCUAUUUGAAUUCAUAGACAUGCAACCGAGGCUGGAUGAGCCACUGGCCAGUUAUAUCUUCAGACAACUUGUUGCUGCUGUAUUCUAUCUGAGAACCAAGAACAUCAUCCACAGGGACAUUAAAGACGAGAACAUCAUCAUUGACAAGUGUUUUCACAUCCGGCUGAUAGACUUUGGCUCUGCUGCAAUACUGGUUCCUGGGAAGCUCUUCUACAAUUUCUGUGGUACACUGGAGUACUGUUCCCCAGAAGUUCUUCAGGGACAUCCUUAUGAGGGCCCAGAGCUGGAGAUGUGGUCUCUUGGGGUACUACUCUUCACUUUGCUGUUUAGUGAGAACCCCUUCUGUGAUGUGGAGGAGAUCUUGGACGCCAAACUCAAACUUCCAUUCUCUGUUUCUUCAGAGCUGCAUGUUGUGUUGCGAGGACUGCUGCACUCCAACCCCAAAAAAAGGAUGACUUUAGAUCAGUUGCUGUUGCAGCCUUGGAUCAGCCAGCCCAUCUCCUUAGCAGAAUACAGCUGGUCAGAGGUAGCUCCUGCAAACGAGAGCUACUGCCCCCCGCAGCCUCAGAAGCUGUCCAGUCCUGCUACAGUUAUCAAACAAGGCUUGUUUCUGGAUCAAGGAGAGGAGACUCUGUCUCACGAUGAAGAGGAAGAUGAAGAGGAAAGGUUGUCCAUGGUGGCUCUGGAAACUGAGCUUCAGAAGUAUCUUUGUGAGGAUUGAGUUUAAAGAGAGCUAAGCAGAACUACAGCUCCAGCAUUCGCUCUCCUGCAGUCUAAAGAAACAAGAACCAAGAGAAAAAGGGGAGUUCAUUUUAGUAAAUCUGCCGUCUAAACACUAAUCUACAGAGAAACUGUUGUUUUUUCUGUGUUUUUUGUUUGAAUAAUCCUAAAGAUGUUAUACAUCUUGAUUUUAAUUUUUAUUAUAAACUUUAAUUAUCACAAUUUUUAUCUUAUUUUAAUGCUUUUGAAAGAUUGUUGAUGGUAAAAUAUCUUUGCCUCCAGUUUUUCCUAUAAAACCCCAAAAUUCUUUACCUCUGAAAUGCUGCAUAAACUGGUUUUAUGUGAAAAGGUUUCUUAACCUUUUUUUAAGUUUUUAAUUAAAAUGUGUAAGCAUAUUUAAAACACUUUCUAUAUUUAUUUUUGUGUUAAUAAAUAUUUUACCACAACUAUGUUGUUCUCAUUGAACAUAAUUGAAGGAGUUUCAAUAAAGAAAGAUGUGAGUCUUCAUCUUUCCAAAAACAUCAGUUUUACUCAUGCAUAGUAGCUCUGCUGCAAAGUUCAGUACCUGACUUGAUUUUUGAAAGUUUCCUCUGAUAUCACAGCUUUUAUGGACAGAAGGAAGUUCAAAUUUAGUUUUGACCAUGAAUGAACCUGCAUAGAAAAGAAAAUGUCCAAUGCAAGCCUCAAAAACGUUUAUAGGACAUUAAAGAAUCCUCUUUCCUUUAAA